AUGGCACAGGAACAGUCCAGUAUAAGUCUCGUUGAGGCAUCUAUUGCGAAUUUGCUUCAAGCAUUGAACACUAGUGCUAUAACGAGUGUCGAGUUUGUUUCUCUAUGCCUUCAUAGAAUUGGACAAUAUGGUUAUCGAGGCCCGACACUCAACUCUGUCUGCGUCAUCAAUCCUCGAGCCGUCGAAGAGGCACAGGCAUCAGAUGACUACCGUGCCUCCAGGAAGCCACUGAGGCCUCUAGAAGGGAUCCCGUUCACUGUCAAAGAUAGCUUCAAGGUUAAGGGGAUGGCUGUUUCUGCAGGCUCGCCGGCCUUUAAAGACCUCUAA